AAAAAACCUCGAAAACCCUAAAACGGCGCCUAUUUGCUUUCAGUAUUUUUCUGUGAGAGAGAAGAUAACUUGGCCUCCUCAGUCGCCGCCAUGUUUGAGUACCGUUGUAGCUCCAUCGAUUGGAAGCCAUCUCCAAUCGUAGCUCUCGCUACCAGCCCCGACGGUUCUCAAGUCGCCGCAGCUCGCGAAGACGGUUCUCUCGAGCUCUGGCUCGUUUCUCCCGGUGCUGUCUCCUGGCACUGUCAACUCAGUAUCCAUGGAGAUCCGAAAUCAAGAAUCUCGUGCCUUGUUUGGAUUGGUGUUGGAUCUAAAGGCUCCUCUAGGUUACUUUCGUCUAGCAUAGAUGGGACAGUUUCAGAGUGGGAUCUUUUUGACUUGAAGCAGAAGGUUGUUUUAGAGUCAAUUGGAGUAUCAAUCUGGCAAAUGUCUGUGGCUCCUCUCUCCAUUAAAGCAGGAGGUAAAGGAUCUGAGCUGAUUCAGGAUGGAUACUUGAGUGAGAAAUCAGAUGACGAGGAAGAAAGUGAAACAGAAGAUGAGCUUUGCGAGAAAUCAGAGGUCUCUGAUAGGCAUCUUGCAGCUGCCUGUGAUGAUGGCUGCGUGAGGAUUUAUUCUGUCUCUGAAUCAGACAGGUUAACUUACUAUAGAUCGUUGCCUCGGGUCAGUGGGCGUGCGUUAAGUGUGACGUGGAGUUUGGACGGACAGAGAAUCUUUUCUGGCAGUAGUGAUGGGUUGAUAAGAUGCUGGGAUGCUAACCUCUGCCAUGAGGUAUAUAGAAUUACAGUUGGACUUGGAGGUCUGGGAAAUGGAUCCGAGCUUUGCAUUUGGUCACUUCUUGCGUUGAGAUGUGGAGUUCUUGUCAGCGGAGAUAGUACAGGAACUGUCCAGUUUUGGGAUAGCCAGCAUGGAACUCUCUUGCAGGCGCAUUCUAAUCAUAAGGGUGAUGUCAAUGCUCUUGCGCAAGCCCCAACUCAUGACCGCGUGUUUUCUACCGGUGCCGAUGGACAGGUUAUCCUAUAUAAGCUCGCUGGUAGUGCAUUUGAAUCACAAGAUUUGAAACCUUCUUCCACCAAGAAGUGGGAUUAUAUUGGUUGUGUAAGGGCUCAUACGCAUGACAUCAGAGCUCUAACCGUGGCAGUGCCAAUAAGUUCUGAAGGCACCUUUCCAGACAGUUAUGCAAAGAGAAAAAGUCGUAAACAGCGCAAGACGGACAAGCCGAGUGGUUUCAGUUACCAUAAAUGGGCACACUUAGGGGUUCCAAUGCUCAUUUCAGCUGGUGAUGAUGCAAAGCUUUUUGCAUACUCGGUUCAAGAGUUCACUAAGUUCCCUCCACAUGAUAUAUGUCCUGCACCUCAGAGAGUACCUAUGCAGAUGGUACAUAACACAGUGUUCAAUCAGACUUCUCUUCUCAUGGUUCAGGAAUCUUGUUCUAUAGAUAUUCUUCGUAUUAACAUAAGCAGUGAUUCUAGUGGGCGUGUCUCCACCAAGCCAUUAGUUCGUGUUAAAAGUAAAGAUGCCCGGAAGAUCAUAUGCAGUGCAAUUUCUAACACAGGAUCACUUUUUGCGUAUUCUGACCAAAUUCGUCCAAGCCUGUUUGAGCUGGAGAAAAAGAAACUUGGAAAGAAUCCAUGGAGUCCCAACAGAAAGCGACUUCCCAACCUGCCGUUUGCUCAUUCCAUGGUCUUCAGCUGUGACAGCUCUCGGCUGAUAAUAGCUGGGCAUGAUAGAAGGAUAUAUACUGUUGACAUUGAUAGCAUGGAGCUAUUAGAUACUCUUAUUCCACGUCAGGAAGGGCAGUAUAAUGAAUCUCCUCCUCGUGAGGCUCCAAUUACAAAACUGUAUACUAGCUCAGAUGAUCAGUGGCUAGCUGCUAUCAAUUGCUUUGGCGACAUAUAUGUGUUCAACCUGGAAACACAGAGGCAGCAUUGGUUCAUAUCAAGGCUCGAUGGUGCAUCUGUUGCAGCCGCUGGUUUUCAUCCAAGAGACAAUAACAUGCUUGUGAUCUCGACCUCGUCAAACCAGGUCUUUGCAUUGGACGUGGAGGCUAGAGAGUUGGGCAAGUGGUCAUUGCUACAUACUUUUCAUUUGCCUAAGAGUUUCCAAGAAUUCCCUGGUGAGGUCGUAGGGCUCUCGUUCUCUCCAUCACCAAGCUCAUCAUCUGUAAUCAUUUACAGCUCCAGAGCAAAGUGUUUGAUCGAGUUUGGGAAGCCGACAGAACAAGGCGAAGAGAUGGAUUUGACAUACGGCAGUAACCUGUCUGAAAAGAUGGAAGGUAGAAUUGCGAGCAUUGGUUUGGAGAAACUGGGACAUGUGAACCGAAAACGUAGAUUCGAGGAAUAUAAAAAAGUGAGCAAGAGUAAGGAGAUUGAAAUGGGAACGUGGAAGCACCCGGUUCUAUAUCUAAGACACUUAUCAAAAAGUGCAACAUUGGUGGUAGAGAAACCAUGGAUGGAAGUCAUCAAGGGUUUAGAUUCACAGCCAGUUCACAGACAUAUAUUCGGGACAUAAGGCCAGCACGAAGGAGAGAAAGAAGAAAGCUCUUUCUCUGAAUAGAGUUUCCAUUUCAAUUUUUGAAGCUUAACGCAUUAGAGAAGUAUAUUUGCUUUCUAUAAGUGAUAGAGGAGUAAGAAGUAUAUUUGCUUUCUAUAUGUUGUGCAAUAUUUUAUGCUUCGAAGAAUUUUGGAAGAGCCUCUCAGUUAGUCUGUUUUUGGUUUUGUUGUUUAUGCGUUUAUUUUUUUUUAUUUUUAGCUUGUUCUGCUAGUCACUCGUUGGAUGCUGAGUUUUUCAAACUCAUACUUUUAUUACAUAUUAAGAUUUUUUUU